AAUUAUUCAUAUUAAUUGAAUAUUUAUAGUUAUAAGCUUUUUUUUUAUCUAUAUACUAUAAAAAUGCAGCUGUUUUAACAGGCAGGAUCCAGAGAAAGAUGACUGAUGUGCUUCUCCUUACUUCUGUAAGUAGCCUCCUUCCAAAAAUGUAAGCAAUGCUGAAACGAGACGGAAGCGAUGAACGAAUGACCCCUGAAGAGAACAGGUGAGAGUCUCCUGCAUGGAGUUGACAUGCUCUAAUGUCAUUAUCCUUGCACCCAUUGCUUUAUUAGGGCUUUCCCUGGCCUUAUCUGAUUCCCGCUCUCUCUCUGCUACAUUACUAUAUUUGUACGUGUUUUUCCAAACACUGGGCCAGUCGCUGCAGUGACGCCGAGAGCCACUUCUGCAUGUUUCCUCUCAGUUUACAUUCUUCAUACUAACAAGGGCCGGGGAAUGUCCUCCUUGUAUUCCCCGUGUCAUUUCUUUCAACCAUUAGAACAUUAUAAUCAGUGAUGGAGCCCAAGCCUCAACAAGAACACGGACCGAGUGCGAGCGUGACCAGCGAGCAACUUGCUGCUAUAGAAGAUGAGGAUGUUCUCAACAAGAUGCUGGACAAUGCUUCAGAAUUUGAAGAGCGGCGACUCAUCCGUGCUGCGUUGAGGGACCUGCUGAAGAAGAAGCGAGACAAGCGUGAGCAGGAACGAGGGUCCCGGCAGCGAGACUUAAAGCAGCAGGGAUUGAGCAAAGGCGGGACGCCGAGUGGGGGUGCAGCGAGGGCACCUGUCAACCAGCAGCCUGCAACAAACAGUCGACCAGCCUCCUCCAUGACAGCAGGCAGUAAAGCGAGUUUUGCUCAAGCCACCCAGAAAUGCGCCCCCUCUGCAGCACCCAAUGCGAAAAACGUCAAGCAGAUGCUUCUGGAUUGGUGCAAAGCCAAAACGGAACCAUAUGAGGGGGUGAACAUCCACAAUUUUUCCUCCAGCUGGAAGGACGGCAUAGCUUUCUGCGCUUUGGUGCACCGCUUCUUCCCAGACGCCUUUGAGUAUUCCACCCUGAACCCUAACAAGCCCAGAGACAACUUCCAACUGGCGUUCAGCACCGCAGAGAGACUGGCCGGCUGCCCCCCACUGCUGGACCCCGAAGACUUGGUCCGGAUGAAGGAGCCCGACUGGAAGUGCAUUUACACGUACAUUCAAGAGUUCUAUCGCUGCCUAGUGGAAAAAGGCCUGGUCAAAACUAAAAAGCGGGCUUAGUGUCUGUCUAAUGGACACUAGCAAAGUCAAGUCACACUAAGUCCUUUAAAAAAAAAAAAAAAUCUGCACUAACAUAUUCAUACUUGUUUUAAACGGAAAGGCAUUUCUUUAGGUACACCAAGCCACUUCAUUAGGUACACCCAGUCAGAAUGAGAUAUGAGAAUGCAAAGUCUGACUUUACAAACACAAUAAAGUGCACUUUGGAUUGAGACUGUCA